UCUCGCGUUUUAGAACCCCAAAGCCUGUAGUAGAUGGUUCCUCCUCCAGAUGCGUCAACAAAACCACGAAAUUUGCGUAAGAGAUAACGGUCGCGUGCGGACUUUGUGCGCCAACCCCGGUACCAUCAACAUGCACAUAACCCACGUCCGGAAAAACUUGCUCAACGCGCGAGGAACAGCUUCCGACUCCGUGCCGAGCUGUAUCCGACCUGCGGACAGGAGACAGCUUCGCUAUAAAGGUCUAAAGUAAGGAGACUGUCGUUCAGCCAUGUUAAGGUGCUCCCCCCCGGUCGUCAUUGUUGCCAAUUCUCAGUUGGGGUGCUGCGCGGCCUAAGGAAAAACAAGUGACAGCGUUGCGUAUGUGUAUCCCACACGAAAAACGUUACGGCCAUAGUCCUUGGUGGGGGCGGAUGUGCGGGCGUUCUGGUCCUCUGAGCCAAAAAAGCAGUCGGCACAAGGAAACUGCCAGCGACGACAGUUUAGACCUUGAGAUGAUGGGCCUGUGCACUCUGCUGUCCGCAAGGACAGAACAGCUUCCAAUCUCGCUGCUGCGCGUGCGGCGCAAGCUGUGUGACCAUGCCUGAAGAUGACCAUGUAAAAUGGAUGCACCGCGAACCGCUUUCGCAUGAAGUUGUCGAGAUCUUGCAAUAUAAAUACACAUCGGCUUGUUUCCAUCGAGAAUACACUGGGGAGGUACUCAAAGUCGUGCUUGCCUCAGUCGUUUGACCAUCGACUUUGCUUCCCUACAAAGCCGGGAUGGAGC